CUUCCUUCUUUUGUUAUUGUACGGGGCGCGAGGUUUCUGGGCGCUAGCAGGAUGCACGAGCGGAGACAGCGAGGCUGAUAGUCAUAUCGACAGGGAUAGAAGCAGAUAGCCCCUUAGGGGAGGAAGGAAAGUCGGAUUACUAGCUACCUCAGUGCACCACAUUCACCACUAUUUCACUUCUUAUCCUUCGAUACUCCGGCUGAUGUCAUCAUGUCGGUAAACGCCCCCAGUAGCAAUGACGCCUGCCUGAGCAUCGUGCACAGCCUCAUGUGCCACCGGCAGGGUGGCGAGAAUGAGGGUUUCGCCAAGCGUGCCAUCGAGAGCCUGGUGAAGAAGCUCAAGGAGAAGAAGGACGAGCUGGACUCGCUCAUCACCGCCAUCACCACCAACGGUGUGCACCCCAGCAAGUGUGUCACCAUCCAGAGGACCCUGGACGGACGCCUGCAGGUUGCAGGGAGGAAAGGCUUCCCCCAUGUGAUCUACGCUCGAUUAUGGCGCUGGCCAGACCUACACAAGAAUGAGCUAAAGCACGUCAAGUUCUGCCAAUACGCCUUCGACCUCAAAUAUGACAAUGUGUGUGUCAACCCUUACCACUAUGAGAGAGUGGUUUCGCCCGGCAUUGUUGGUCUCAGUCUCCAAAAUACAGCCCUCUCUCCUCUAGGCCCCCCUGGGAGGCUGAUCAAGGAGGAGUAUAUUCAUGACUGUAUCCAGAUGGAUAUGCCACCAGGCAUAUCCCCCCACCCAGGGGCGCUCAAGCUACAGCCUCCGGACCACUACGGCCAGCCACUCCCGCCUCUGCAGCUCCCGCCGGAACCGCAGCGGGCCCCUCUGCCCAUCACCCUCUACCCCAACAUGCCCCUCUCGCCCACAGUGUCCGGCUCUAUGCUGCCUCUCCAGGGAGGUCACAGUGAGGGGCUCCUACAGAUAGCCUCUCCUCAGGGUCAGGUCAUGACCCCUAUGACCCCCACGCCGCCCCCCUCCACCCCAACACACGGGCUGCCACACGGGCCACCGCAGAACCCCCAGCCCCCGCCUGGUCAGAAUGGAUACAACAGCUCCAAACACACACAGUCACAGGCUGCGUUCCACACAACUUGGACAGGUAGUAGCACAGCCUCCUACACUCCUGUGGGACCCCAACAACAGAAUGGGCGUGGCCACCAACAGCCUCCUCUCCACCAUCCAACCAGCUUCUGUAAGUUUGGCAGUUACAGGUCUCAGCAUCAUGGCUCUGCCUCAUUUCCUCCCCCUGUGUCCAAUCAUCCAGGGCCAGAGUUCUGGUGCUCUAUCUCCUACUUUGAAAUGGAUGUGCAGGUGGGGGAGAUGUUCAAGGUGCCGGCUAGCUGCCCGGUGGUGACGGUGGACGGCUACGUGGACCCCUCAGGGGGCGACCGCUUCUGUCUGGGCCAGCUAAGCAACGUCCACCGCACCGACGCCAGCGAAAGAGCCAGGUUGCACAUAGGUAAAGGAGUGCAGCUGGAGUGUCGUGGCGAGGGAGAUGUGUGGAUGCGCUGUAUGAGCGACCACGCCGUGUUCGUGCAGAGCUACUACUUGGAUCGAGAGGCAGGUAGAGCGCCAGGCGACGCAGUACACAAGAUCUACCCCGGCGCCUACAUCAAGGUGUUUGACCUGAGACAGUGUCACAGGCAAAUGCAGCAGCAGGCAGCUACAGCGCAGGCAGCGGCAGCAGCUCAGGCUGCCGCCGUGGCAGGCAACAUCCCUGGGCCAGGCAGCGUUGGAGGCAUAGCCCCUGCAGUCAGUCUUUCUGCAGCAGCAGGGAUAGGUGUGGACGACCUCCGGAGGCUGUGUAUCCUGCGGCUGAGCUUUGUGAAGGGCUGGGGCCCUGACUACCCCCGGCAGAGCAUCAAACAUACCCCCUGUUGGGUGGAGGUACACCUGCACCGGGCUCUGCAGCUGCUGGACGAGGUACUACACACCAUGCCCUUGGCUGACCCAGGACCCGCUAACUGAGUAAAAGGAAAGAGGAUCAGUUAAAAAUCCAUACUGGGUUAAAAACGUACAAUCACACACACACACGCACACGCACACACACACAAACACAGCAGUAAAAAUGUAUGUUUUUGUCAUACCCGUGAUAUGCUGUCAGCCAAUCAGCAUUCAGGGCUCGAACCACCCAGUUUAUAAAGGCUGAUACAGAUUGAUACAUGCACAUACAACCACAUGCAUGUUUCUGUUCUAUAUAACGCACACAAUGUAGAGCUACUCAAAGCCCCACAAAGGCUAUCCUCAAUCUCUCCGUCACACACAGACACACACUCAAGCAGCCAACAAUCACUGCACUCUCCUUAACCACUUGUACUGUCUCCCACACGCCCAUGCAACCACUAACCAAACCUGUGGGCAUGCUGAUAUAAAACCACUGAUGUCCUGAUCAUACUUUCCAUGUUUUGUGAACAUUAAUUAUUGUUUCACAGCACAAACACUACAAAGCAGCCUUGACCCCUGAAUUACCUUUCAUAGAGGUUCUAUAUUAUAGUAUAAACAGGUAACAUUAGUGAAAAUGUAUACUGAGUAAUUUAUGUUUAUUCUUCUAUUCUCUACAGAAAUAGAAAUGCACUGUAGAAAUCUAGGGAUGCUUUUCAGAGAUCCAGUGUUCUGACAUGAUACAAGCACUUUAGUACUCCUCAAAUGCACACACUUGCUAAUUUCCUUCUUACAUGUACACGUACACACACACACACACACACACACACACACACACACACACACACACAUCCGAAAUCCAGAGAUAACCCAAAUCCAGGAGGACUAAAGAUCUUGACCUAAAUAACUCAUGAACAAUUUGUCAAACACAAAUCUCACACUAAAAAAAUCAGAUUUGGAUUCCGAUGUUAACCUAGAAGAUGUAGAGUUUUUGGUAAAUCCAGACCAAUAGAACAGAUGCUUUAUAUCGGUGAUUAGAACCUGGGUCACAGAACCAAAAUGUCUCGGAACUGUGAAGAACACCAGAGUGAUGGAACCAGCGUCCUAAUUAAUCUAGCCAGCCAUCCUUUUGUCAUCUCUGUGUGUGUGUUGUGUUCUCCUGUGUGUGGAUCUCAACUCAAAUAGUUAGUAAUUCUUAUCUUGUUAGCCCUAUAAUAACACAGGGCACUUUUCUCAAGCUAAUUUAUUUUCUUACCAAAAGGUGAAAAAAGCCCAAAAAAAUGUAAGCUUUAAAAUAGUGGUGUGGGUAUUUGUGAUGAAGCAGUACAGUGUAUGUAACCAAACAGUUUGCCACACGGCGGAACUCACCAAAGCCAGAAUACCUCAUGAUAACAGUGUAAACCCACAGUUUGUCUUUCAGCCAAAACCUCAGACGCUCAGUAUUUUCUCUUGUAAGUUCCUCCUUAAGGCGUCCGCAUGCUUCCCAGCCAAAACAGUUUGUGCAUAUAUUAUGACAACAUUUUGUGAGGUUUUUGUUUGUUUUGGACUUUGGUAAAGAGUUUUCUUCAGCUGUUCGGGUACACAAAUGUUUUUCUCGAGACCAGCCGACGUUCAGGAGCCGAAGUCUACGUCCCUUCGUCCGUAAUUAGUCAACUGUGGGGAUUCUUCAAUAAAGUCUUUGGGUGUGUUUGUAAA